UGUAAAGGAUCUAAGAAACUUUCUGUUAUGUAGUUGGCCAUUAUGAGGAAAACAACAAGCUUUGACUAACUAGUAAUUUUCUGAUAGAUUGUGUUUGAUUUUGUCGUGAUUGCGAUUGAGAAAACGUGGUAAUAUUCGGUAAGAUGCAGGUUCCUCCGAUUUUUAUGGAAUUACCCUUAGAAGAUCAGGCGCAAGAGCUAAGAAUAUAUUUUAAGAAUUUGGGAGCUGAAAUAAGUGAAGAAAAAUCUCCUAAAGGAAUAGAAGAUGAUUUACAUAAAAUUAUUGGUGUUUGUGAAGCUUGCUUCAAGGAAGGAAAUGAAAGCGAAAUAGAAACAGUCUUAAAUGACAUUGUAUCUAUUAUGAUUGUGAUCCCCACUGAACGUGCAGAAAAUUUAAUAUUAGCAUUUUGUGAGAAAUUAACAAAAGCUCCUGGAUAUAAACUUGGUUUAGUAUGUUUAAAAGCAUUGUGGUUAUUAUUUCAAUCUCUUCCUGAUGACUCUCCAAUGAGAUAUCAUGUCUAUUAUCACUUAGUUCAAAUUGCUCGCAAUGUGGAUCAAGUAAAAGCUGUGUAUGGUGGAAUAGAUCAAUUAAAGCAACAGUUUGCAUCACUUCCACCAUCGAAUGAACAAAUGCAGAAAUUACUUCGGUUACUUCAUGAAGUACUUUUAAGUUGCAAACAGGGAGAACAAGCUGCUGCUGUUAUGGUAGAACUUUUAGGUACUUAUACAGCAGAAAAUGCUUCUGCAGCUAGAGAAGAUGCGCAACGUUGCAUUUUAGCUGCAUUGGCAGAUCCAAAUACAUUCCUGCUUGACCCAUUGUUAGCAUUAAAACCUGUAAGAUUCUUGGAAGGGGAACUCAUUCAUGAUUUACUUCUUGUCUUUGUACAAGACAAGUUACCUGCAUACUUAGAUUUUUAUCAACAUCAUAAGGAAUUUGUAGAACAUCAACUUGGAUUAAAUCAUGAGCAAAACAUGAAAAAAAUGAGACUACUAACAUUUAUGCAACUAGCAGAAACAAACCCUGAGAUGUCAUUUGAUACAAUUCAGGAAGAAUUACAAAUUAAUGAAGAUGAAGUAGAAAGUUUUAUUAUUGAUGUAUUGAAAACGAAACUUGUUAGAGCUCGUAUGGAUCAAGCUGGUCGCAAAGUUCUCAUUUCAAGUACCAUGCAUAGAACAUUUGGCAAACAACAGUGGAUGCAACUACGCGAUUUACUCGCAGCCUGGAAAGCAAAUUUAACUGCUGUACAAGAGGGUAUGAAAUCUGUAGCUGCUGCACAAAUGGAACUUGCUGGAAAAAACAAAACUUCUAUUACCCAUUGAUGAUAUUUAACUUGUGCAUAUGUAAUUUAAAAUUUGUGCAUACAAAUAUUGAUUGGAAAUCAAGUUUAA